AUGUCAGCACAGGAAUUGGCACAGCUGUUGAGCAAUACAAUUCUAAGCACGGAUGCGGGGGUUCGUUUACAGUCGGAAACACAGUUAAAGAAGCUGUCAAAUGAUAAUUUUCUGCAAUAUGCAGGUAUCCUAUCGCAGAUUCUUGCGGAUGAAAGUAUGAUCUUGGAGGCGCGGAUCUUAGCAGCUUUAAUGUUGAAAAAUGAGUUAGUGUCGAAGGACCCAGCCAAAGGACAGCAGUUUGCACAGCGUUGGUUGGCGUUAGUGGACGCAGACUCAAGGGCGCAUAUCAAACAAUUUGCUUUGACUGCUUUAAUGGAUAAGCAGGCCCGUGUAGCGAACGCGGCCGCGCAGUUGAUUGCUGCAAUUGCGGAUAUUGAGCUUCCUCGCGAUGAGUGGCUUGAGUUAAUGAAAAUUCUCGUUGAAAAUACGGCACAGAACCAGCCGGAAAAUGUGAAGAGAACCUCCUUGUUGGUACUGGGAUAUAUAUGUGAGGGUGCUGACCCCUCUAAUAAGGCUUUGAUUGCGCAGUCCAACCAUAUACUAAUUGCAAUUGUUCAAGGUGCGCAGAUUUCGGAGCCAUCAAAGGUUGUCCGGUUGACAGCGCUCAACUCCCUUGCAGACUCCUUGGCCUUCAUUAAGAAUAAUAUGGAGCGCGAAGGUGAGCGUAAUUACUUGAUGCAAGUGGUUUGUGAGGCCACUCAAGCAGACGACGAGGAUAUCCAGGCAGCUGCAUUUGGGUGUCUAUGUAAAAUUAUGGCGCAGUUUUACUUAUUGAUGAAACCCUACAUGGAGCAGGCGUUGUAUGCUCUAACUAUUUCCACGAUGCAGUCUCCUAAUGAAAAGGUAGCAUCCAUGGCGGUGGAGUUUUGGUCUACUAUUUGUGAGGAAGAAAUAGAUAUUGCAUACGAGCUUUCACAAUUUCCAGAAUCUCCUUUACAAUCAUAUAAUUUUGCGCUAUCUUCUUUGCAGGAAGUUAUCCCAAACUUAUUGAAUUUGUUAACAAAACAGAAUGCGGACCCGGAUGACGAUGAUUGGAAUGUUGCUAUGUCCGCCGGUGCUUGUUUGCAGUUGUUCGCGCAAAACUGUGGAAAUUAUAUUGUCGAACCAGUAUUGCACUAUGUGGAACAAAAUAUAACAAGCGAAAAUUGGAGACAACGUGAAGCUGCUGUGAUGUCCUUUGGUUCUAUCUUGGAUGGUCCGGAUAAGGCUCAAUUAAUAAACUUGGUCCACCAAGCCUUGCCUCCAAUAUUAAACUUGAUCAAUGACCCUGUUUUGCAGGUCAAGGAAACCGUUGCGUGGUGUAUUGGAAGAAUAGCAGACUUGGUAGUUGGUGCAAUAGAUCCUCAACACCAUCUAUCUGAUGUCAUUAAUACAUGUUUAAUUGGCUUGAACGAUCAUCCUAAGGUGGCUACAAACUCCGCAUGGACUAUUAUAAACUUGGUAGAGCAGCUAGCGGAUAACACAGGAUCACCAAUAUAUAAUUAUUACCCAGUUUUGGUAACUGCAUUGAUGAAAACAGCUAAUAGACCCGAUAACGAGCAUGGGGUACGGGCUUCUGCGUUUUCUGCCUUAACUACUCUAGUUGAAUUCUCUACUGAUCAAGUUGGAGAGUCGGUUACAACUAUAUCAGGGUUCGUAUUAGAUAAAUUGGGUCAGGCAAUAAAUAUUGACGAGACACAAUUAACUUCAGAAGAUAGACAAAGUUUGGAAGAAUUGCAAUCCAAUAUUUUAACAGUAUUAUCUGCGUCGAUUAGAAAGAAUCCGCAGUCCGUGGCCGCAGUUUCUGAUAUGUUAAUGGAUCUGUUCCUGAAGUUGUUGGGCAAAAAAGAUUCCUCUUACAUUGAAGAUGACGUUUUUUAUGUCAUUUCCGCGCUAGCAACAUCUAUGGGCAAGGCGUUUGAAAGGUACUUAGAAACAUUCUCCCCAUACUUGGUUCAUGCUCUGAAUCAAGUCCAAUCACAGGUAGCAGUCACGGCUGUAGGUUUAAUUGCUGAUAUCGCAAAUUCCCUAGAGGAUGACUUCAAAAAAUUCGCGCCUGCAUUCAUGAACGUAUUAGGUUCCAUGAUUUCUGCCCCUGACGCCAAGAAAGAGCUAAAGCCCGCGGUCCUAUUUGUAUUCGGUGAUAUAGCAUCCAAUAUUGGAGCCGACUUCAUCCCUUACCUGAAUCAAGUUAUGACAUUGUGCGUGGCAGCUCAAUACUCAACGCCAGAUAACUCCUCUUUCGAUGCGUUGGAGUAUAACGUGAAAGUUCAAGAGUCAGUGCUAGAUGCCUACGUAGGCAUUGUCGCCGGUUUGCACUCAAAUCCCGAUGCUCUAUUUCAGUACCUUGGCACAAUUUUCCAAUUUUUAAAUUCGUUCGCAGAAAAUCCGGCUUUGAGUAGCGAAGAUUCUUCUGCGAGAUCUGCCGUCGGUAUGAUUGGAGAUAUAGCUGCAAUGUAUCCCGAUGGUAGGAUUAAACAGCUAUACGCGCAGCCAUGGGUAGCUGAAUUUAUUAAAAAGACUAGAAGUAACCAGAUGUUCAGUCAAGCAACCAAGGAUACAGCCAGAUGGGCAAGAGAGCAACAAAAGCACCAACUAUCAUUGUAA